AUGAGGGAAUUCAGGAAAUACAAUAAUAACAAUCAUCAUCACCGAAAACACUACCAUAGACAACACGGCGAUUAUAACAACUCUCACAACGAAGAAUACAAGACGAACACUCGUCACAACAGAAUAAACAAGUACAACAACAGGAAUUCCUACCAGUACCACGAUGAGCGAGACAGCCAAGUGCGUGUGAAAAUUUCAAACCUGGAUUAUACCAUCUCGAAGAACGACUUAGUGGAACUGUUUAGCAAUGUGUGUAAAGUUGUGAAUGCCUGGAUAAACUACGACCACACGGAUAGAUCGGAUGGCACAGGCGUGUGCGUUUUCGAAAACAUCAACGACGCGCAGAAGGCCAUAGACAAAUACGACGGGUCGGAAAUCGAAGGAAUGGCAAUUAAAAUGGAAAUAGUGCAGAGGAGAAAUUAUGGCUACAGAAAGAAGUACAAAAGUAGAUGCCCUUGGUAG